GCUCGCUUGAAUCCAUCACAUGAUUCACAUCGCCCAAGAGUUAAGUAUCAAAGUCGCUCCCUUAAAUGGUGGGGCCAGUUAGAUGAAUAAAGGGUAUUAGUACACUGUUACUACUGUAUAAAUAGUACUACUACUGCAGUAAAAUCUCAUAUUUUCCCCUUUCCUUUUCAUAAAAAUAUCAAAAAUAUGUUGGGUUUCCCGUUUUCCCGGAGAGAAGCAAAAGAAAGCAAGAAAGAGAGAGAAGAAAUGAAGAGACAGAUACAGAACAAGAGAUUCUUGAACGAGAUCAGAGCUCCAGAGAGAGAAGAAAUGGAAGAAAACGACAUUGAUGAUGAUCGUGGUGCCGAUAGUAGUACUGUUGUUUCUUUUCACCUUGUUUGGUUCUUGUUAUGGUGGCCAAUUUUCCCUCUUUUCUUCUUCUUCUGAUAUUGGAAGCAGACACAGUCAUUAUUCAUCAAAGAUUUCUUCGUUUUUCAUAAUGGGUGAUUCUUCAGUCAGUUGUGGUGAUGGUGGUCACAAUCCCUUCAACUCUCUUCUCCGUCCAAAUACUUCUUUAUUUCCUUGUGAUGGACCUCAGACACGCCUUUUGCCUGAUCUUCUUGCUGAGAAGAUGGGUUUGCCGAGGAUUCCAGCAUUUCAUGCUGAUAAUGGAACUAUUGAAGGUCUAGAAAGUGGUAUAAACUUUGGGUCAACACAAGCGACAAUCUUGAGCUCAGGCAGGCUAGGCUUCCAGGGAUUGAACCAACAGCUACGCCAGGCACAUGAGACACUUCAGUUGUUGCAGCUGCAGUUGGGACAGGAGAAAGCUCAAGAAGUUAUAGGGUCAUCCGUGUUCUAUCUUUCUUUGGGCAAAGACGACUACAUUAAUUUCUUACACCCAGAUUCUUCUGGUGCCAGGCACAGAUUCAGCAAAGAAGUGUUCACACAGCUUCUAGUCAACCAGAUGAUCCGGGUUAUCAAGGACCUUUACAAUGCAAAUGUGAAGAAGAUUGUAUGCAUGGGAAUUGGUCCUCUUGGAUGUGCACCUCGCACCUUAUGGGAGUCCUCUCGUGGUAAUGAUAGUCAUCAUCCUAGUCACACAUCAUCAAAUUCUGGCGCUGGCAGUGGUUGGCAAGACUGUAUGGAAGAUGUCAAUGACCUUGUUCUAGAAUACAAUGCAUUGUUGUCAGAGCGGCUUCUGGACCUAAAUUUUGAGUUUCCUGAUGCUCAGAUAAUCUUCUGCGACGUGUACCAAGCUAUGAUGGAUAUUAUUUCAUUCCCUAGACGCUACGGAUUCGAGAAUGUAAAUAGGUCGUGUUGUGGAAGUGGUAGAUAUGGUGGUAUGGUAGGGUGCCAAGCUAUUGAGAUGGCCUGCGACGAGCCAUUGACCCAUGUCUGGUGGGACUUCCACAACCCUACACAAGCUGUGCACUCAUUGCUUGCUGAGUCGGCUUGGAGCAGCAAGCCAUUGGAUAUUUGCAGACCAAUCAGCAUUGAACGACUCUCAGUUCGGUACUCAGUGUAAAAACUACUUCAUUGUACUUUCUACAAGGGGUGAACCAUUGAAUUUUACUAGGCCUCACGUUUCUCUAGUGGUUCAGGGUUCCAAAUGUGAUAUAAAAAUCCAAAUUUUGCACGUAUUAUUUUUUGCAUUUUUGCCUUCGGGAACAAUUCCAGUGCAAGGUUGUAAGAAUAAUUUGAGCAUAUUACUGACAA